AUUCUUACAGUAAUUCAGCCAGGGAUUUUAUAGGGGAAGGAAAUAAUGCAAGGUGGUAGAACUGGGAUUAUAAAUCUAGUGUAUCUAUCUCUGAAGACAAUACUCUUUUUUCUCUUUGCACUGAAAUAUUCUUGAAAAUGUGAGAGGCUUGUAGAAUUUUAGCCUACAUAUUUGAUUAGAUUUUUAAAAAAAUUAAACCUGAAAAAAAAAAUCUUAAUCCUGGAUAGUGGUCUUGUUGUGUCUGAAUUGAUGAACAAAAGUCAAGUUUCACUAAGUAGCACUCAGAAAAAUCCCUGUGCAGCGACUUCAGGAAACUGGAGGUGGUUCCUUGGCCAGGGAAUGUUUAGCUUCUCUGACAAAGGUAUCGGAUUAGUUGAUCUUUCAACUCUCUUUCAGGGGGAGGCAUAAAUUAGGAGUACUGAAUUAACAGAUAUAAACUAGAAUCCAUAAAAUAGAUAAGCAACAAGUAUUUACAGUAUCUCACAGGCAAUUACACACAAUAUCUUGAAAUAACCUAUAAUGGAAUAUAAUCUGUAAAUAACAACUACCCCUCAUCACUAUGUUAUACACCUGAAACUAACACAAUAUUGUAAAUCAACUAUAUUUCAUUAAAAAUAAAUAGAUUCCCUUCCAGUUUCCAAAUCCUUUGACUUUAAAUUAUAAAUCCCCAGUUGGGCGCGGGAUUCUGGAUUCGGGGGAUGUCUACAGGAUCGCCAAGGCUGGCAAAUUUAGAGUGAAUAGAAACUCCGAAUUCGUGACCCCUAGGAGAUCAUGUAGGUUAGCGCUACAUAGUCUCCUUCCCACACUGCUGGCCCGCACUUUGGGCUUUAAACGCCGGAGCGCAGCAGGAAGCCCUCGACCUUAGAGGGAAUCCACUCUCCACCACUAAAUUCUAAACUUCUCAAAUUUCUUCUCCGAGCCUAGUUAUCUUCCACAGGACUACAACUCCCAGCAGGCCACACCAGGAAUUCUUGCGUUGUGGCAGCCAGUACAGCCAGUAAAAAGGAAAGGGAAUCCUCAGGAACCAAUCCUGAAGAGGUAGGGCGGAUCCUUUCCGGGUUCCGGUUCCGGCUCCUCCCCCCGGCUCAGCGAGGCGGCGCUGUUCCUGACCGGGAGACGCUGGAACUAGGGAUCGUGUACUGGGACAGAAUCAAACCAGGAUAGAAGAUUCCCUGGGGGCUGGCCUGACCCAUGGAAUAAAGGCGUUGGCCAUUUGUGUUCAUUCUCAGGGUUCAGAGAUGGGCAGUGAGAAGGAGCAGAGCCCAGAACAGCACCUGCCCGAGGAAGGGGAACGGGGUAAUAAGCCGUGGAGAGUGGAUGACUCCGAGAUCCCGGAUGGGGACAAAGAGCCUGGGCAAGCAAGCCUGUCAGAGGGGCCACAAGGGCCCCGUCCAGAAGAGCCCGCGCAGGAAGUCGCUGUCUCUGCUGCAGAGCCGGAGGCCCUCUCUGUGCCUCGGAGGCCCGAGGUGGAUGAGAAGCCCUUUGUGUGUGUGCAGUGCGGCAAAACCUUCAACAACACCUCCAACCUGAGAACACACCAGCGCAUCCACACGGGCGAGAAGCCUUACCAGUGUUCCGAGUGUGGUAAGAGCUUCUCCAGAAGCUCCAACCGGAUCCGCCACGAGCGCAUCCACCUGGAGGAGAAGCACUACAAGUGCCCCAACUGCGAGCAGAGCUUCCGGCGGCACGCGGACCUCACCACGCACCAGCAGGACCACCUGGGCCGGCGGCCCUUCCGCUGCGACCUCUGUGGCAAGAGCUUCGGCCAGAGCUCGGCGCUGGCCGUGCACUACCGGACCCACCUGGAGCCCGCGCCCUACAUCUGCUGCGAGUGCGGGAAGAGCUUCAGCAACAGCUCCAGCUUCGGCGUGCACCACCGCACCCACACGGGCGAGCGGCCCUACGAGUGCGCCGAGUGCGGGCGGACCUUCAGCGACAUCUCCAACUUCGGGGCGCACCAGCGGACCCACAGGGGCGAGAAGCCCUACCGGUGCACCGUAUGCGGGAAGCACUUCUCCCGCAGCUCCAAUCUCAUCCGCCACCAGAAAACACACCGGGGAGAGCCGGCUGGGAAAGAGUCUAGCUGAAGCGGGCGAGGGAGAGAGGACAGGGCAAGGGGUCCCAGCCUAGCCUAGAAAGAUCUUUAGGAUCUGCUGCUGCCCCCUUGACCUCAAGCCCUUCUCCCACUUUGGAGAAUGGUUUUUCUGUUGCCUCUGACGCCAGGAUCUCCAGGAAGUCAAAGAAGGAAUUCUGAGUAAAAAUCUUUACAUUUUUCCAGGCCAAUUUCUUGUGGUAGAAAGUCAGAGGACUCUCUCUUAGUUUCAUCUCCUUGGGGUGAAAGAGAAAUAGGGUAGGCUUAGUACUUGCUCAUAUCAUUAAGGUGACCGUCCCCUGGCCUUUAAGGAAGUACCUGUGAGAUAAGCAUCACUGUGUGGAGGGCCUCUGUAUUGUAUAUGGACUGCUUGAGCUUAGGGCGCACUGCAGGGAUCCACUAAUUCCACCCACUGUGCCUCAACCAGACAGGGGGGAAGGGGCUUCCCAGGCCUGGAGAAGAGGUCUGAGGUCCUACUUUAGGAAUGAAAGGGAAACCCUCAAGGAGCCAUGAUCCAGGGACCUUCACAUUCCCUCAUGUUUGUGAUUCAUCAUCCCCAGCCCAGCAUGCAUCUGUUUCCCCAGGAAUAGCAGUAAAACCCUUUAAUGAAAAGGACCCGUGUACUUAUUUGGGGGCUUCAAAGAGGUGGAGAGAUGGUCACACUGCCACUACUUUGGAAGGGAGUUGAAUUUCAAGAAAGAAUGGGUGACUUCUGAAAAGCAAAAGGAAGCCGCUGACUGAGGUCUGUGAGGAGGAAGGGGAGAGAGAGGGAAGUAAUAUUAAUUGAGCAUCUGCUGUGUGCCCUAGAUCCUGCAGGUCACAUUCCCAUUCUUUAUUUAGUUGCAGCAGCCUGCAAGGGAGUGUGCUGAGGAGACAAGUGGGUAAAGGUGAAAUCGCUUGCUGUGAAGCACAUUAUGGGUAUGUUGGUAGAGCCAGGGUGCAGACCUGGGUCUCCCUCGUUUCUGAGCGGAUGCUCUUUCACUGCAUUCACCUUGUUGGAUUCUGAAGGAGGAGCCACUUUGGGAGCUGGCCUGGGAUGAGGUGAUUUCCUGAAAGUGGGAGCUAGCGUGGCCUCUUGAGACAGCCCUGGACCCUUUGCUCUGUGGGAUGUCAGUGGCAAGCAUGAGAACCUUUCAACUUUAGAUUGAUAAUAGAUUGACGUUAUUCUGUACCUAGGAAAUAUGACUGUAACUUGGAAUAGGGACUGAGGGGUGGGACAAGGUGAACUUAGAGAGUCUUUGCCCUUAGUAGCAGCAGUUUAGUUCCUAAGGUUGGGACAGCUUGGUAGAGGUCAGGCCUGGCUUCCUGCCCUUCUGAAGGCCUGGCUCCAUGUGGCAAGCUUUCAGUCUUUUCUGCAUUAAAGUUUAUAGAGUUCACCCAGAUUUCCUCCAACAAAUACAAAAGACCCCCAUCUCUGGCCACUCUGGGGUUCAGUUCUUCCAGAGUGAGGAGCCUUCUUCAUCUGUCGCCAGCUGGCAGAAUGUGACUGGCGCAGCUGAUGACCUGACCUACUACAAUGGGAUCCUCCCACCCACCCAGGAGGGGAUGUGCCUUUAUUUUUUCUAACCAUAAAACAUGACUUCCAAACAAUUCCCUGAUAUUUGUAGGGUCCUUUUCAGUUUACAAAGCACUUUUAUUUCAUAUACAUUUUCCUGCUCCUUGAAAAUCUUCAUACAAGGUAUUUUAAACAUAUAGUCACCCAACUUGUAUGUAUAAAUUGCUUCCUAAUAAUAGAAGUUGCCAGGGGCUUCCUGGCUGUACAAUGGUUUAAGACUACUUCCACUGUAGGGGCUGCGGGUUUGAUCCUGGCCGGGGAGCUAAAAUCUCACAUGCCACGUGGCCAAAAAUAAAACAGAAGUUGCCAUCUAA